UUUCCCGAUUUCCCCGUUUUUCACCCCAGAUCCUGAUCGUGACGCUGCGCGUGGCGCUGCCCAACGUGAUGCGCUUCUGCUGCUGCGUGGCCGUGAUUUAUUUGGGGUAUUGCUUCUGCGGCUGGAUCGUGCUGGGCCCGCACCACGUCAAGCACCAGUCCGAGGCUGUCCCCCCGGUGUCCCAGCUCCACGCCUUCAUCGCUCAGUGCCGGGACAGCCCCGGAUCCGGAAAGUUCCGCCGGGACAGCUCCGGCUCCUGCCCCGGCCUCUGCUGCUGCCCCCGGGCCCCCGCGCAGGACGACGCGCUCGUGGUGAACUGAGGGGACACCGGGGGGACGCCCCAAAAACCCCAAAACUUUAAUUUAUUUUCUGCUUUCACCGCCCGGGACCCCAAAUCUGGGACCCCCAGGGUGGAUUUGGGGGGUGGGGAGGGAUUUUGGGG